GCCCGGCCGCGUCUCUAGUCUCCGGCGCCCCUCGCCGCUCCGUCCCGGCUGUGGCUUCUCUCCGAAGCGGCCGGGGCAGGAUCCCGCCAUCCAACCUCGGGAUCCCAGGAGCAGCGUUUCCCCUAGAGCGAGGCGCGAGGCGACUCGUGCCCCGCCGCCCCUGACCGCCGGGGGGUGCCCCAGGGACGCGUCGCCACCAAGAGAAGCAGGAAGAGGGACCAUGCGGCGGCUGACUCGCCGCUUGGCAUUGCCCAUCUUUGGGGUGCUAUGGAUCACUGUGCUGCUGUUCUUCUGGGUCACCAAGAGGAAGUUGGAGGUGCCGCUGGGACCCGAAGUGCAGACCCCCAAGCCUUCUGAUGCGGACUGGGAUGACCUGUGGGAACAGUUUGAUGAGCGGCGGUAUCUGAAUGCCAAAAAGUGGCGUGUCGGUGAUGAUCCCUACAAGCUGUACGCUUUCAACCAGCGAGAGAGCGAGCGGAUAUCCAGCAAUCGGGCUGUCCCAGACACGCGCCAUAAGAGAUGUUCACUGCUUGUGUAUUGCACGGACCUUCCUCCCACCAGCAUCAUCAUCACCUUCCACAACGAGGCGCGCUCCACUCUGCUCAGAACCAUCCGCAGUGUGUUAAACCGCACCCCUAUGCAUCUGAUCCAGGAAAUCAUAUUAGUGGAUGACUUCAGCAAUGACCCCGAGGACUGCAAGCAGCUCAUCAAACUGCCCAAGGUGAAGUGCUUGCGCAACAGUGAACGGCAAGGCCUGGUCCGGUCCCGGAUGCGGGGUGUUGACAUUGCCCAAGGCACCACUCUGACCUUCCUGGACAGCCACUGUGAGGUGAACAGGGAUUGGCUGCAGCCCCUGUUACACAGGGUCAAAGAGGACUACACAAGGGUUGUGUGCCCUGUGAUUGACAUCAUUAACCUGGACACCUUCAACUAUAUUGAGUCUGCCUCAGAGCUCAGAGGGGGCUUUGACUGGAGCCUGCACUUCCAGUGGGAGCAGCUCUCCCUGGAGCAGAGAGCUUUGCGCCUAGACCCUACUGAGCCCAUCCGGACUCCAAUCAUAGCCGGAGGGCUCUUCGUGAUUGACAAAGCCUGGUUCGAUUACCUGGGUAAAUAUGAUGUUGACAUGGACAUCUGGGGUGGGGAGAACUUUGAAAUCUCUUUCCGAGUGUGGAUGUGUGGAGGUGGCCUGGAGAUUAUCCCCUGCAGCCGGGUGGGGCAUGUCUUCAGGAAAAAGCAUCCUUACGUUUUCCCUGAUGGAAACGCCAACACUUAUAUAAAGAACACCAAGAGGACAGCUGAAGUAUGGAUGGAUGAAUACAAGCAGUACUACUAUGCAGCCCGGCCUUUUGCCCUGGAGAGACCCUUUGGGAACAUUGAGAACAGACUGAACCUGAGGAAGAGUCUGCACUGCCAGACUUUCAAGUGGUACCUGGAGAAUGUCUACCCAGAACUCAGAAUCCCGCCAGACUCCUCUAUCCAGAAGGGCAAUAUCCGGCAGCGGCAGAAGUGCCUUGAGUCUCAAAAGCAGAAAAACCAAGAGACUCCGCACCUCAGGCUAAGCCCCUGUGCCAAGGUCAAAGGAGAUGGAGCAAAAUCUCAGGUGUGGGCCUUCACAUACACCCAGCAGAUCAUCCAGGAAGAAUUGUGCCUGUCUGUGGUCACCCUGUUUCCUGGUGCCCCGGUGGUUCUUGUUCUAUGCAAGAAUGGGGAUGAAAGGCAGCAAUGGACCAAGACUGGUGCCCGCAUUGAGCACAUAGCAUCUCACCUCUGUCUGGAUACAGACAUGUUCGGUGACAGCACAGAGGAUGGCAAGGAGGUCGUUGUCAACCCUUGUGAGUCAUCACUCAUGAGCCAGCACUGGGACAUUGUGAGCUCAUGAAGACGCUGGGUGCAUUCAGCUGUGGUAUUCACCACACUUCUCUGGACCAAACCAAACUUGAACCCAGGCUGUGAACAGCUCAUGACUACACCAGAUGCCCUCGACUGGAGGUAGAGCAAUGUGGCCCCCCAGGACAGGAGCAACUGUCUCAGGGAAGAUGGAGGGAAAGGUCACAAAGCAGCAGGGCCCAGGACACCCUCUUGUGUGCAAUACUAUGAAGGUCCAGUCCUGACCAGGUUUUCUGAUUGGGACCAGGAGAUGGAGAUCCGAUGGGAAGUGUUUGUUGUACCCUUUCUUACAAAACAAGGCACGUUAUGUUAUGGAGCCUGGAAAGAAAAGCUGUCCUUGUCACUGUGCCAGGACUACAUGGAGAGAUGCAGGAUAGAGAUGGUUUUCAGAACAAAUAAAGCUAACCUUGGGAGUUGUCUUCGAUAACUCAUGCUGCUUCUUCAGCUAGCUCAGCACCUAACCUGAGCUCCCCUCUGAAUGAGGGUGGGGCAUCUUGUGGUAGAAUGGAUAAAGAAGACAGGAAGAUGGAAACCUUGUGCCCUUAUCCUGGGUUGCCACCUACAAGCUAUGUGAUCUUAAAAAAGAUACUUCAAGGGGCUGGCAGGAUGGCUCAGUGGGUAAAAGUGUUUGCCACUGAGCCUGAUGACCCGAGGUUGAUCUCUCAAGCUGAUGUGGUGGAGGGAGAGAACUGACUCUUACAACUUGUCCUGAGAGAGAGAGAGAGAGAGAGAGAGAGAGAGAGGCAUGCAGGCCCACAUUCAUAGUACCACACACACAAAACAAGUAAAAAAAAGUUCUAAUUUUUAAGACACUUUGGACCUGGGAAGAUGCACAUAUUUUGCAAAGGGCUUGGCUAGCAAAGUUGAGUUUCAAACUCAAAACCCAUAUUAAAAAAAAAAAAAAGAUAAGUAUGGCAAACUCUUGUAAUCCCAGAAGUAGAGGGGCAGAAUGGGGUGAAUCCCUAGGGCUUGUCAAUUAGUCAGCCAGCCUAAUCUACUUAACAUGGUCUAGGCCAUCGAGAGAAAUUGUCUCAAAAAAAAAAAAAAAAAAAAAGAUAGACAGUACUUGAGGAAAAGCAUCCAACAUUGGCUUUUAACCUCCAUUUGCAUGUGUACAUAUACAGGUACACGUGCUAUACCUGCACACACUACACUUACAACACACAUACACUUUACUUACAUAUGCACACACCUCACACACACACACACAAUACACUUACCUACACACACAAGGCACUUCACUUAUUUGGCCCACCACUUCUUAUUAUGUUACAUCAUGAGACCAGAUGGCUGCUAGUAACUCUUAGCAGGCUCUGGGUUCCUGUGGAGAUCCUGAUCUGGUAGAUCUCCCAUGGAGUUCAAUCUCCUUGGCCAAUUCUGAUGUCUCUGCUUGUUCAAAAUAUUGUCAUAGAAUAUCUGUCCAUAAAGACCCUUACAGCCUAUAGCCCCUUAGCAUAGGAAUUUCCUACUAGAAUACAAACCAUUACCUGGUGUCUUCUGGGAUUGGUUAGAGGAGCUAUCCAUUCUAAGUAAUGAGGUCUUAAGAAACAAGCCAUGUUAUGUAAAGGUUUCUCACAGACACAUGCCCAUUUGCUGUUAGUAACUGUUAGCUGUUGCUGCAUAAGAAAUGACAACUUAAGCAACACACAUUUAUUGUCUCAUAGUUGGUGUGGGUCAGGAGUCCAUUAGCUGGAGUGGCAGUCGUGCUUAGUGGUGGGGUUGGCUCUGACUGUUUAAGUUCAUUCUGCAUGGGCCCCUCUCUCCCAGAGAUAUAUAUCAGAUAUAGCAGAGCACUUCCCAGAAAACUGGGAAAGUGGGGAGUGGGGAGAUGGGAUACCAGUGAGAUGGACAUCCUGUCCCUUUGCCACCAAAUGGUUCAAGCCUUCUCCCAUCAUGUGUUACAGUGUUUGCUCCACUUGACAGAAGCAGUCAGCAGGUGUAGCCCCUACUCAAAGCGAGGUCAAUUAAGAGUCAAGGACAAGGGGUGAUCAGAUCUAUCUAAGCCCAUCUUCCCCAGCGAUUGUUGGAUCCUAAGCAAGUAUCUGUUCUCUUUGAUCCUGGAGGUUAUCAAGCUUCCAUACAGUCUGCUACUGCAGAGUGCUGCAGCCUUGGAAACUUGAGGGUUGACAUGCCGAGACCAGCAUCUCUUCUGGCGGUUGUAUUUCUGUAUGCACUCGUAGCACCUGCUCUGUGUUAGGACUAAGCCCUCUUCUGAGCCAAAGAAGAGGAGAUGAGAAAUGAAAUGAAGCUGAUGAGAAGAAGCUAUGCCUUAAGCUAUGUGUUCACAAGGCUUAAAGCAGCACCUCAGAGAGGAAAGACAGAAGGAAUGGUUAGCAGGAAUCAGACCAGAUUUCCGACGCUGGUGAAGCAGGCACUGUUCUAGGUCACUAAAGAAGCCUACCUUUCUCCUCUAUUUUUGUGACUGUCUUUGAGUUCUCUGGUGGCAACAAAGUCUUUCUUGCUCUUUUUUUUAUCCAAUGGUACUGGGAUAGAUACACCAAGUACUCAGUAGACAAUUUAUAAGUAGGAGGUUGACAAAUCAUUCCUUGUUCACAAUAAAAUGAGUUUACUUAUGUAUGACUACUGCCAUACAAUUACAGAAAGCAGGGGGCGGGGCUUGCAUCUCUGGCAAAGUCAGAGGACCUGAGGAGAGGAGCCUGGGUGACACACACGUACAUUAUGUCCCAGGGCCACUUUUCUUCUCUUGUUGUGGGAGGGAAAAAAAAAAAACAUUACUAGCAUUUAGCUUCCUCCUGACAUUCCUCUAACCAGGGAGAAGACUUGGAAUUGACGAUGAAGAGUCACAUUGAAGGGUGUGGAAAGUACCCUGCUAAUGGAAUACAGGUGGCUCUGGUGUGAACUGCAUGCUGGGUAUGUUCCUAAAGGCCCCAGUAGUGAAAAAAUGGAGACAAGCCAUUGUUGAUGCAGAUAGGAACCACUCCGACUCUGCAGGAUAGCUAAAGUGCUCUCUGCUGUUCUCAGGCUGAUGCAAAGAGAGAAAGAGUUGUGAUUUAAAAGUAAUCAGGGCUACAGUGGUGAAUGUCUGUAAAUGCAAAACAAGGCUGACAUCUCAGAGAUGGCCGUGGCCUACGAGUGCACAGCACAACAGGAAUAGCCAGGCACUUGUGUGGAUGUUAUCACUAGAUUUGGAUACCAAACUCUAGUAGCCUGAAGUAACUCACUUGGUAGGCAAUCCGGAGCUAUGACUGAACAUUUGUUUUUCUAUGAGAACGGAGAAGGUCUCUUGAAGAUCUUGAGGUCUCACAUGAUUCAGACGCCAAACAAUGCUUAGAAAAUCCCCUCCCUGGGGCUGUCUGACCCCUUGCCUGUUGUCAGGCAAGGAGUCAGUAGGAACCCUGUCCCUCAUGGUCCCUUUUGCCUAAUAGAAGAUUAUGGGCUUCUUUCAGAGUU